UGCUAUUGUUUUUCACUGACUUAGUGCCUCGACCGUUGGGAUUUUGCUGACUCUGCACUUAAGAUGGCAGAAUCAGUUUGUAGAUCUCUUAGGGAUGGUGUAUUGGAGGGAGAGCUUGCACCUGCUCUCACAAUCAAGGACUCUUUGUCUUCCCCUUUUGGAUUCAAUGUGUUCUCCCACAUUCUAGUUCAAUUGUCGUCACACAUCGUCGCCGGGAAAUCUCAGUCGCGAGGUAUGGUGAUUGUUUCACUUUCUCGGAGUCCAUCGUCGUAUACUGGUUUGUUAAAGAUGAAUGGAGUGGACGUUGAAUCUUCUAAGAAAUGGAUUCACAUUUUGGAUUGUUAUACAGAUCCCCUUGGAUGGAAGGAUAAGACAAGGAAAUCUGGAGACAUUAUGGAUCCUUCUAAUCAAAUUUUAAGUUCUUAUAAAACAGUGAAAGAUGUUAACAAAUUAUUUUCAGUAAUUUGUGACCUUGGUCGAGGAUUGGUUGGGGAAAAUAAGUCCCGCUUUUGUGUUGCCAUAGACUCGCUAAGUGAACUGUUGAGACAUUCAUCCAUGCAGUCAGUUGCAAGUCUUUUAAGUAAUCUGCGUAGCCAUGAUCAAAUUUCAAGUAUCUUUGGGUUGUUGCAUUCUGACCUUCAUGAGGAGAGAGCUUUAGCUGCUGUUGAGUACACGUCCUCCAUUGUAGCCAGUGUUGACCCAUUUCAUCAUUCUGUUGAUGGUCAGGGAAGUUAUAUAAGGAAUUCAUCCGAGCCCAAUUUGACCAAAGGAAAACUUAAUAUCAGGUCCAAACGUCGAAAUGGGCGAGUUAGAGUGACGUGCGAAGAAUUUAAAGUUGGGCCUAGUGGAAUCAGCUUCGCACCUGUAUCAGCAGUUGAUGGAGCAGCAGUUGCUGGUUUAAUUCCAAAGGUACAAUUCAAUCUGCAGCUGUCUGAGAAGGAGCUAGUUGAUAGGUCAAGAGUUGUGCUUCCUUUUGAACACCAAGGAAAUGGUAAACCAAUACAAAUUUAUGAUGGUAGAAGAUCUCUGGAAGAGAGCAACAAUGAAACAACACCCAUUUCAGGUGGCAAAAAGGAGGAGUCUGGCAGGGGCGAGAUCAUAUAUUUUCGCGAUUCGGAUGAUGAGAUGCCAGAUUCUGAUGAGGACCCUGAUGAUGAUUUAGAUAUAUAAAACAUUACUGUUCUCUUCCUGCUGUAUUUGUUUUUCAUCAAAGAUAGAUUGAAGGGUGGAUUAGGAUUGUGACUAAUAUAGGGGAAACUGUUUUUAGUGCUCAUAUGUAAAAAUGCACAUGUAUCACAUUCCAAUAUUUGUACAGCCUAACUGAGGAACCUGAUUUCGUUUUGGAUCAUGAUCUUUUGAAUUCUAAGGUUUCGAAUUUCGAUUUUGUUUA